AUGAGGGUAUCAGUCAUGACCCCUAAGUGUAGACGCGGGGGCGGUCAGGUACAUGAAGAAGAACGGGGAUCGUUAGCAGAAACGUUAGACUCAAUAUUAGAUAGAAAACACUGUGAUUGGAGGACCAAUCAGCUGCGGUUAAGCCGUUGUUUGUUCGGUGAUCCAGAUCUCAUCGUUGCCAUUAUAUUCGUUACCAUGGCUACUAUUUAUUUGUAUAAAAUAUUCCGAUUUGUGUUGUUUCCGGAGGGCAUAUCACAAGAAUCUCAUGAUUAUCUCUACUCAAAAAUAUACAGGAUCACACCAGAAUCGAUUAUGGAGGAUACCAUGGAAGCUCCAGGACGAGUUCCAGACCUUGAGGGCGGACGGACGGUUCAAUUACGACAGCGGACGAUCACGUAG